AUGCCCGCAGGACCUAGUUAUCAAGCAACACCUACUGAGCGGGGUGAAGCCCUUUUGAAGCCCGACUUUCCCCCGCCCCCCCACCGUUUCCCCUGCCGGUCAGACCUCGCCGAGCCAGCUAGCCUCCCCACAAAAGCCCCAUUGCGGAAGAUGCCGGAAAUCAUGGACGCAGCCUCGGCUCUCAUCUUCCCAGCCCAUACAGCACAAGAGAGGAGCUUGAAACUGGGCCGAAACCGCUCGUCUCCGGAGCACAGACGAUCCGACACGGCGCCGGACGGCCUUUUGGUCUUGCCGCCGACGACGACGAGAGCUUCGCAGCGACCCCAUCAGCACUUGAGGGAGGCUGGCUUCGAGGACCUCUACGGCUGCCACUCUGCUCGUGGUGCCACCCCUUCUACACUACAUACAUACUGCCCCUGA